UUGAAGUAUUGCUGUGUUGGCGGAGAUCCGUUACGCGUCUAAAGUCAACGUAGCUGAGAAAAGAAAGAAAGAAAAGAACAAAAAGCUUUAGCUUAGAAAACUCUCUCUAAUCAGCUAGUUGUUACUCUGUCUGACUUGAUUCGUGGCUGUGCAGUGAACCUCAUACAGCAUGCGCGAGUGCAUCUCCAUCCACGUGGGCCAGGCAGGAGUCCAGAUGGGCAAUGCCUGCUGGGAGCUCUUUUGCAUGGAGCAUGGGGUGCAGCCAGACGGGGUGAUUCCGUCGGAUAACGAGAAAGCCGGCUUCCCUGGAGACUCCCUGCAUACCUUUUUCAGCGCGGGCAGUUCGGGCCGGCAUGUCCCAAGAGCUAUAUUCGUGGACCUAGAGCCCACCGUGGUCGACGAGAUCAGGACGGGACCCUACAGGCAGCUUUUCCACCCGGAACAGCUGAUCACCGGCAAAGAGGAUGCUGCUAACAACUAUGCCAGGGGCCAUUACACUGUGGGAAAAGAGAUUAUAGAUCUGGUGCUGGAGCGAGUCAGGAAACUGUCUGACCAGUGCACUGGGCUGCAGGGCUUCCUGAUCUUCCACAGCUUCGGAGGUGGAACCGGUUCUGGUUUCACCUCCCUGCUGAUGGAACGCCUGUCUGUGGACUACGGCAAGAAGUCCAAGCUGGAGUUCGCCAUCUACCCGGCCCCCCAGAUCUCCACGGCUGUGGUGGAGCCCUACAACUCCAUCCUGACCACCCACACCACCCUGGAGCACUCGGACUGCGCCUUCAUGGUGGACAACGAGGCCAUCUACGACAUCUGCAGACGCAACCUGGACAUCGAGCGGCCGUCCUACAACAACCUCAACCGGCUGAUCGGGCAGAUCGUCUCGUCCAUCACCGCCUCCCUGCGCUUCGACGGGGCCCUCAACGUGGAUCUCACAGAGUUCCAGACCAACCUGGUGCCGUACCCCCGCAUCCACUUCCCCCUGGUCACCUACGCCCCCAUCAUCUCAGCCGAGAAGGCGUACCACGAGCAGCUGUCCGUGUCCGAGAUCACCAACGCCUGCUUCGAGCCCGCCAACCAGAUGGUGAAGUGUGACCCGCGCCACGGCAAGUACAUGGCCUGCUGCAUGCUGUACCGCGGCGACGUGGUGCCCAAAGACGUCAACAUGGCCAUCGCAGCCAUCAAGACCAGGAGAAGCAUCCAGUUUGUGGACUGGUGCCCCACUGGAUUCAAGGUCGGAAUCAACUACCAGCCCCCCACUGUGGUCCCAGGGGCAGACCUGGCCAAGGUGCAGAGGGCUGUGUGCAUGCUGAGCAACACCACGGCCAUCGCCGAGGCCUGGGCCCGGCUGAACCACAAGUUCGAUCUGAUGUACGCCAAGCGGGCCUUCGUGCACUGGUACGUGGGGGAGGGCAUGGAGGAGGGGGAGUUCUCCGAGGCCAGGGAGGACCUGGCAGCGCUGGAGAAGGACUACGAGGAGGUGGGAGCAGACUCCACUGAGGGAGAUGAAGACGGAGACGAGUACUGAGCGAGAGAGAGAGAGAGAGAGGGGCGCGCUGUCCUGCAGCGAGUCCCGUCGGGGUUUCUGCAGCGCUGUUUCUUUCCAAUGUACUGUCGACUGUGAACCUGUUUUCCUGCCAUUUUUUUCCAAGCUGCUUAAUUAAUUAAAAAAAACAUUGUUGUG